AUGAACGGGUUUCUGCUCCUGCUGGCUGCAGGCCUCUACCUGUGCUCGCAGUGCCAGGUGAACGCUGAAUCGCGGUUGAGUCGGAGCGUCAUCGAACGAGCGGUGAUGGCAGCAAAAGCCAACGUGGACUCGGCUUACACCUACUCCAGACGAGAGAGCCUCGACCGCGUCCGGAGGAACGCGCUGAAUCCCGCACACGUCCUGCGGUUGCUGAAGCAGCCUGCGGGGGUGAGCCGCACCGCCGUGCGUGCUGCCGACUACAUGGACAACGCAGUGAUCCUGAUCAAGAGGUCUUUGGAGAGACGUCAGAAACGCUCCGUCAACGCUACAGAUCUGCUCUCGGAGGAGGAUCUGCAGCUCAUUACUGAACUGACAGGCUGCUCUGCACAACAUCGUGCCCCUUCCUGCUCGACGGUGCUCUCCAUAGACACGUUUCGCACCGCAAGCGGCGUCUGCAACAACGAGCAGAACACCCGAUGGGGAGCCUCGAACACACCCUUCACCCGCUGGCUCCCUGCCGAGUACCAGGAUAACAUCGCGCAGGCUAUUGGCUGGGACCCCGAGAGGAAAAUCAACGGACAUGUUCUUCCCCUGGUAAGAGAAGUGUCCAACAAAAUUCUGAGGACAGCAAACUCUGAUGUGGAGAACGACCCGCUCUACACUCACCUGGUCACCAUCUUUGGCCAGUGGACGGACCACGACCUGUCCUUCACUCCUCACUCUCCCGUCAUUCGCUCCUUCAGCAGCGGCAUUGACUGUGACAAGAGCUGCGAUCGCACAGAGCCCUGCUUCCCCAUUGAGAUUCCCAGGCAAGACCCUCGCUUUGGUAGAAACUCAGAGGAGUGCAUCCCCUUCUUCCGCUCAGCACCAAGUUGCGGUUCUGGCAACACUGGCCACCUCUUCGGUGCAGCCACUGUCCGCCAGCAGAUGAACACGCUCACAGCUUUCAUAGAUGCGGGCCAGGUGUACGGGUCAGAUGAGGCCAAAGCUCGCUCACUCCGGGACCUCUCCUCUGAUAAGGGACUGUUGAGGGUCAACACAGAGUUCACUGACAAUGGCCGCGAGCUGCUGCCCUUCAGCGAAAUGAGUACCAACAUGUGCGCCACACGAGCUCGCAUCACUAAUGACAAGAGCGCCAAGGAGGUGCCCUGCUUCGUCGCUGGUGACGAGCGAACCAACGAGAACAUUGCUCUGACCUCUCUGCACACACUGGGGCUGCGUGAACACAACCGUCUGGCUCGCGCUCUCGGCAAACUCAACCCUCACUGGAACGGAGAGAGAAUCUACCAGGAGGCGCGCAAGAUCAUGGGAGCAUACUUCCAGGUUAUCACUUUCAGAGACUAUUUGCUCCACAUUGUUGGUCCGGACGUCCUUGCCAAGCAACUUGGCGCCUACCCUGGUUAUGAUGACGAGGUGGACCCAAGGAUCUCCAAUGUGUUCGCCACUGCUGCCUACCGCUUUGCCCAUCUAAUGGUUCAGCCUUUCAUUUUUCGUCUUGAUGAGCAGUACAAGGAACACCAGAAGUUCCCCAGCCCAUUGCUGAGCAAAGCCUUCUUCGCACCGUGGAGAGUCGUCUUUGAAGGUGGUUUGGACCCAAUCGUGAGGGGGCUCAUCGGCAGACCGGCCAAGCUGAACACGCAGGAGCACAUGAUGACUGAUGAGCUGAGAGAAAGGCUGUUCAGAUUCACCGCUGAGCUGGCGCUGGAUCUGGGCGCCCUCAACAUGCAGAGAGGCCGAGACCAUGGACUCCCUGGCUACAACAAAUGGCGCAAAUUCUGCGGGCUGUCAGAACCACGAAACCUGAAGCAGCUGGCUGAAGUGAUGAACAACACGGAUCUGGCCAAGAAUCUUCUGGAUCUCUAUGGGACUCCUGACAACAUCGACGUGUGGUUGGCAGGAGUUGCGGAGCCGUUUGUCCCUGGAGGAAGAGUUGGUCCCCUGUUUGCCUGCCUGAUCGCCACCCAGUUCCAGAGGAUCCGCCAAGGAGACCGACUUUGGUGGGAGAAGGAGGGAGUCUUCACUGAGGCCCAGAGAAGGUCCCUGAAGGAAACAUCACUUGCCCGGAUUGUUUGUGACAACACUGGCGUCACUGAGGUGCCCGCGAGACCCUUCCAGUACCGGCCUCGGGGCUCCGGUUACACCCAGUGCAAGGACAUUUCUCCCUUUGACCUCAGCCCAUGGAAGGAUGAUGGUAGAGUCGGCCGUUCUGUCCCUCCCAGCAGCACACCCAAAGUAGCCUUCUCCAUGCGCCUGGGCAACAAUUUCCCCCCGGCCGGCAAGCCCAUUCCCUUCCGUGUUGUCAUCUACAAUGACCAGAACAGCUACGACCUCAAGAAGGGGCUUUUUACCUGCGAGCAUCCAGGUGUGUAUGAGUUCCACUUCAACUGCGCCAUCAACGACAAAGACGCCAGUGUGGAUCUGAUGCGUAACGGCGAGCUGGUUGUGCACUCGUUCACCAGCUCGCAGAAGACAGGCCACAUCACAGCCAGCGGCACCGCCAUCAUCAAGCUUGCGAAGGGUGACGAGGUCUUCCUGGUGGCCAAACACGGAGCCAACGGGCUGCUGAGUGACAGCUACUUCUCAGGGCAUCUGGUGUUCACAGAGUAAAGGACUGUCCUCCACACUGCUGCUAACCCCCAACACCGAAACUAAAAAAAGGUCGACCCCCUUCUUUAAUACUAUACGCACCCCUUAAAUGCUGUCAAUUGGAUGAGAUAAUCCCACUUUUUGGUGCCAUUUACUGCACUGAACAAGCAGUAAAGGCCCUGCACAGAGGCGUCCAGGUGGAAGGUGAGAGCCAAGAAAACUAACUCGAGCUCUCACUGAGGAAAAAAAAAAAAAACAAACCUUUAAAAUGGGCAUUUUUUUUUAGUAGUGAAAACCUGUUGUAGCUGUGUUUACUGAAGGAAAAGCACGUUUCUUCUUUUUUUUGUUUUGAAAACCUGUGGCAUUAUACGACUUUCUAAACGUUUUGUAUUGAAUUCAGGAAUAUUCAUAAUGCACUGAUAUCUGAAUGUAAAAAAAAAAAAAAAAGGGGGGCAAUGCUUAUUCGACUUUUCUAAACAAUCUCUGAGAAACAAUGUGAAGAUCUUCCACUACCUGACUUUGAAUUUUCCUUUGUUUGUUUUUCUUCUUGACUGCACAGCAGCUUUGUGUCUGACAGUCUUUACAUAAGCUACAAUUCCAAUACAAGUAAUAACUGUCUCGAUGAUGAUUCGUUGUGCUUUCGUCUACUUCAUUUUUUCUGGAGCAAGCGUAUGACAUGUAACAAAGGUCGCUGGCUGGAACUGAACUGACCCCGUUGUUGUAAGGAUUCAUCUACUCAGUGAGCUCAGAUGUGACGUUCUGACAGAUCUUUGGACACACGCACGUGAUUGUCCAGAGUUUAAGUGUAAGUCUCUAAGUUUGACAUAAAUAAAAGUUUCGUCAUAGCAACAUGCCCUCCUGCUUCUGAAUCAAUCUGAAGACGACACAGUUGAUGAUGUUUCUCGCGCAGACCAGCAGAUGGCACCGACGUGCAACUUUUAGGAAGAGGCACAGUCCUGAACUCUGAGGGAGUUUCAGUUACAGGAGGAUGCUGGUUCUCAAGUUGAACAGAUCAUUUGUAGAUUUAAUUCUUACUGGAGCAAGAUAAUCAUAAAGUUUCACCUUCGACUUCAACACACGCAGUCUUAAAGUUUAGCUUCAGCCAAAGCAGAGCAAAUAAUCCAAAGCUGAUCACUUUGUAAGUAAAUUUAGAGAUGCAUUGUUCAGAAAUUUGAAUGUGUCAUCUAUGAUAUCUUUAUGUUUCUGCAAAACCUCUUUUAUAACAUUUAAUAUAUUGUUUUUUUUUUCCCUCAGCAGAAAUUAAAAAAGUGAAGCAGUGUUUCUAUUAGCUGAUAACAAAUCUUGAUUCAUGCAGAUCAAACAAAUCAUUCAGGGAUCUUUUGGAAUAAAGGAUUCACUGUGCGAAGGAUUUACACCGUGUCAUAAAGCUGUCCGCCUGAAAACAGAUAGAAGCUUUUAGCAAAUAUAUGUCGGUGCAUCUGUGCUGCUGCAAGUCGGGAGGCAACAUGAGAUACAGUUGUGGGAGUGAAUUCAUGCUCGUCAGCUCAGCGUACCGGUCAGUGGUAAGUUUCGUGGUGCUGUGGAGGCUUCGUUGUGAUAACUGGACGUGUUUUGAUGCACAAAACUCUCAGUAUUAACUGUCUGAAAGAAACCGGUGACACACACCGAAUAGAUUUACUCUCACAGCUGAGAUUGUGACAUGUUAGAGCAGGAAAAACUGUGUUUGCUGUGUUUAUGUUUGCAGGAAUCUUCUCAGUAGCUUGUUUAUUCAUGGU